AUGGAGCACCAGUCGUCCGCGCAGACCGUGGCGGCGCAUCGGCCCGGCGACGCCGCCUCCGUGGAGCUGAAUUUGUGCAAUUUGAGGCUCUUUUCCUACGGCGUUUACGCCAACGUCUACAUCGGGGAGCUGAAGGAGAACGGGAGAACGAUCACGGUGGCCGUGAAGAAGUGUUGGAGUGGGUUUGAGAUGGGAGUUCUAUGUGUUGUAACAGGAUUUACACGAGAAGUUAGGCCGUGUUUAUUGUUAAAUUGAAGUUUUAAAAACCUUUUUUCAUAAAGAUAUAAGCGAUUCUUCCUGAAUUUUCAUUUUAGGCCCAUUUCCGGCAUGAUAACUUUUUAUACCUUUCAAAAUUAUCAUGGAUCACUUUUGAUACUUUUACUAAAAAUUCAGUACUUUAAUAGAAAAAAGCAAAAUUUUUUAUUUUCCCUUUAAAAAUUCAUAUUUACUCAAAAAAAAUUGCCUCUAAAUUUUCAAAAAAUCUCAAAUUUCCUCCAAAAAAUUGAUCAAAAUGUUGUUCAGAUCAAACCGAAGACUGCAAGGAGGUGCGAAUCCUGCAAAAGUUGAACCAAACCAAGCCCAAGAACAUUGUCAACUUGCUGUAUUUGUUUCAGACCCGUUAUGGUGAAAAGGUAAAUGGGAAUUGAGACCGAAGAGGCCCCAAAACGAAGGGGUCCUCAAAAACGAAGAGGCCCCCAAAACGAAGAGGCCCCCAAAACGAAGAGGCCCCAAAAGGAAAAGGCCCCCAAAACGAAGAAGCCCCAAAGCGAAGAUGACCCCAUAACGAAAAGGCCCCCAUAACGAAAAGGCCCCAAAACGAAGAGGCCCCAAAACGAAGAGGCCUCUUUUUUGUAAAAAUAAAAAAAUUUCAAAAUGAAGUGUGGCAUUUUGUGCCUUUUAUUUUUGGGGUUCUCUUCGGUUGGGGUUUUCUUCGCAUUUCUUGUGAAAAUGAAAAAAGAGGUCUCUUCGGCUUUUGUGGGGCCUCUUCGCCUUUUUUGGGGAGGGGGUCUCUUCGGAUGUUUUGGGGCUUCAUCGGACGUUAGGGGUCUCUUCACCUUUGUGGGGAAUCUUCGCUUUUCGAGGGCCUCUUCGAACUUUGGAACCUCUUCGCCUUUCUUGGGGUCUUUUCUCUUUUUUUUGGGUCUAUUCGGCUUUUUGGGGGCCUCUUCGACUAUUGUGGGUUUAUCUUAGUUUUGGGGCCUCUUCGCCUGCAACGGAAAGGUCCGGCCCUCUUUGAAAAAACCAUUCUAACUUGUUUCGCAGACCUGCUUCUCGUUGGUGAUGAACUUUAUGCCGAUGUCGUUGAGCACGCACAUCAAAAAGUUCAAGCCCACGCCGCUCUCGCACCUCGACACCAAACUGUUCACAUGGCAAAUCUUCAGGGCGCUGCAGUUCCUGCGCAAACAUCGCAUUAUCCAUCGCGACCUGAAGCCGCAAAAUAUCCUACUCGACCCGGGAAUAGGGCUGAUUCAGGUGGCGGAUUACGGUAGUUCGGCGGUAAGUUGGAAAAAUUUUUUUUUGAUUUUUGUGAUUUUUUGAAAACAAUGUUAUCGGAUUUGAUGUAGAAAUGUAAAAUAUUUGAUUUCAUGGAGAUUUAUUCCAUAUUUUUUGGCUUUAUGUCACUUUAAAAUCUCAAAAUUAGCAGUAUUUUGUCAAAAAUUGCCAAAUUUUGGCCUUUUUCAGGAAAAAUUUGCCUUAAUUUUUGUCGCAAAUGGGUUAAUAUUGCUUAUCAACAACUCACAUGUUGUAUUUUAUUUUGUUUUUCUUUAAUUCAAAAGAGAAAUUGGUCAAAAUUUUAUGACUUUUGGACCUAGUUAUAGUGUAAUAUAAAAAUAUCAAAAUUUUCUUAUUUUUCGUCAAAAAAAUUGCCAUUAAAAUUUAGAUUGUGUGAAAAUGACAUGUAUUUUACCAUUUGGCUAUGUUUGUUGGAAAAAAAUUUUGAGAAAAAUUCGAUUUUUUGCAAAUUGAUUUUUGGUGCCUAGUGUAAUAUAAAAAGGGCCAAAAUUCGAAAAUUUUUGCCCAAAAAGACGUAAAAAGCUUGUCGGCUUUUUUGCAGGGCCUUAUUGUAGCUGUUGAUUCAAUCAUUUCAUUUCGCAGAUUGUUGGCGAGCAACGUACGAUGUCAUCUUACCACGUGACCCGGUACUACCGACCGCCCGAGCUUUUGCUGGGCGCCCACGUUUAUGGGAUGGAGAUUGGUGAGUUUGGCUGCGACUACGGUAAUCUUCGACCCUUCCAGAUGUGUGGUCGGCGGGCUGCGUGUUCGGCGAGAUGCUGAGGGGCCGCACUUUUCUGGCCGGAUUAACCACCGACGAUCAGCUGUGGGUAGGUGGAUUUAAACUCGAAAUUCGCGGGUUUUGGAUGGAUUUUUGAGGAAAAAUGUAGAGUAACAAGUAGUAGGUGAAAUAAGGAGUAUUUUAGAAAAUCAUCAAUACAUUUGGAAUGCCGUCGGACGUCGAGAAAGUGGCCAUGAACAUUCGAAAAGUCAAGCUGUUGACGGAACAAAGCGCAAGGAGCGCGGAGAAAGUGUUCAGCAAAAGGGGUGCAAAUGGACUCAAGGAGGUUGGAAUUUAGAUUGCUUGUUAAGAAAGGGAAAAAAGAGUUUUUGCACGGUGAAAAAGUUUUGGGACUGUUCGCACUGUGCAAACGGAAAUUUUUUUGUCGCACAGUGCAGGAGCAAGAAAUUUUUUGAUCGCACGGUGCAAACGGAAAUUUUUUUGUCGCACAGUGCAAAACAAAUUUCUAGUUUGGUCGCACGGUGCAAACAAAAAUUUUUUUGAUCGCACUGUGCAAAACAAAUUUCUAGUUUGAUCGCACAGUGCAGACCAAAAUUUUUUGAUCGCACUGUGCAAAACAAAUUUCUAGUUUGAUCGCACAGUGCAGACCAAAAUUUUUUGAUCGCACAGUGCAAAACAAAAUUUUUUUGAUCGCACUGUGCAAACCAAACUUUUGUUUGGUCGCACGGUGCAAGACAAAAAUUUUUUUGAUCGCACAGUGCAGACCAAAAUUUUUUUGAUCGCACUGUGCAAACCAAACUUUUGUUUGGUCGCACGGUGCAAGAAAAAAUUUUUUUUGAUCGCACUGUGCAAACCAAAUUUUCGUUUGAUUGCACGGUGCAAACGAAAGUUUUUUGAUCGCACAGUGCAGAAGCAACCAAUUUAAAAAAAAUUUUUGGCUGCACAGUGCAAAAGCGAGUUCUUUUCGCAUUGCGCAAACGAAAAACUUUUUGUCGCACAGUGCAGGAUCUGGUUUGAUUUUUGCGCACUGUGCGGGGGCAAGAUAUUUUUGCACAGUGCAAACGAAAACUUUUUUGUCGCACAGUGCAGAAACUAGACCUUUCGUGCACGGUGCAAAAUUUUUGAAAACCUUCCGCACUGUGCAAACAGAAAUUUUUUGGCUGCACAGUGCAAGGGUAGGAUAUUUUUGCACAGUGCAAAUUUUUUCAAUACUAAAAAGCCAUCCGCAAAACGCGAAUCCCAAUUUUUUUCCUCCAGAAACCUAAAUUAAUACACAGGGUCUUACAAAAAACGUGAAGGAAAGUGGAAGGCUAUAACUUCCGGCGGAGGCGGCGCAGAGACUUCGUAUUUGGAAUGUGUAUUUUUAAAAGACAUUAGUUUUUGUCUACGAAAUAACAAGCUUUUAAAGUGCAAACUGAGGUCGCUAUGACCUUCUGAAGUAGAGACAUCUCUACCCGAAAACCAGGUCUUUUCGGUUGAAAAUGAUCGGGUUUCUUGAUAUAGUCUUUAAGAAAACGUCGAAAAAAUUGCAAGUGUUGACACUUUCCUCCUCUUUUUCAACACACCCAUAUCGAAACCCCCUAAAAAAAUCCGACAUUUCCUGGUGAUUUUCAACCGAAAAAGCCUGGUUUUCGGGGUAGAGAUGCCUCUACUUCAGAAGGUCGUAGCGACCUCAGUUUGCACUUUAAGUGCUUGUUAUUUUGUAGACAAAAACUAAUGUCUUUGAAAAAUACAUAUUUCAAAUACGAAGUCUCUGCGCCGCCUCCGCCGGAAGUUAUAGCCUUCCACUUUCCUUCACGUUUUUUUGUAAGACCCUGUAGUCUACGUGCUGUUCAGCUGUGUCCCCACGCUCCCGACGACGCACUCAAACUGCUCCAACAAGUGAUGGUGUACAGUCCUCAGAAGCGACUUUGUGGCCCGAAAUUCCUCGGCGACAAGUACUUUGACGAACUCUUCGACCCCCACACCUUGAGGGAGGGGAAACCAAUCACGGUGGUCACGAAAGCGGAUCUGGCAAUGGCUGUGGCGGGCGACAAAUCGAAGGAAGACCUGUCGUCGUUCACUGGAGCCCUCUCAAAUUAG